AAUAUUGGCUUUUGCCAUUUCCAGUUUGUAGAGGACACACGCCGGGGCCAUGGAGAUAAACGUUGUAAAUGCUCUAACAUACGAGGAUUUUGUGAAACUAUUCGGUAAUGUGGUUGAGAAAUGCCCCCUAAUUCCGGCUGCAAUAUGGUCCUACCGGCCAUUCAAAGAUCUAGCGGACAUCGAGGCUCACAUAAGAGAAUUCAUUCACAGCCUACCAGACUCAGGUAAAGAGGGCGUUUUGCGGUGUCACCCUGAUUUGGCGGGUCGGGACACCCAGAACGGGACUCUAACACGCGAGUCUCAAGAAGAGCAGAGUCAAGCCGGGAUGACCACACUGGAUUCCGCAGAGAGUCUGCAAAUGUAUCGUUUAAACACAGAGUACAAGGAGCGCUUUGGCUUCCCUUUUGUCAUCUGUGCCCGUCUCAACAGCAAAGCAGACAUUGUGUGCCAGCUGUCUGAACGCCUGAAGAACGACCGCGCAACGGAGCGAGAGCGCGCGAUCGAAGAGGUGACAAAAAUCUGUAGCCUCAGGUUACGCAAUAUUGUCCUAUCUGGCAUUCAAACCAAACUGUAACUCAAGUUACCAUUGCAAAAAUUGUUCACUGCAUGUUUCUACUUGAUGGUAAAUAUUUCUUUAAGUAACAGACACAAAAAAUAAGUAGGCAAUAGGCUUUGUAAAUGAAUUGAUCCAUAUGAAAUAACAUUGUUAUAAAAACGUUAACCCCUUCAGUUAUGAAAACGAUAUUUCUCAGUAUUGUCUUCUGAAUGUUUUAUAACGUCCAGGUUUUUAAAUGUUUAAAAAAAACUUUUUUUCCCUCUUGGUUAUGUGAACGUUAUAAUUAAGGGAAAGUAGCCUAUUUGAUCAUUUUGCAAACGCAAUGGGAAAAUUAUUUUUGAAUGUUAUCUGAACCCUCUGAAGCUAGUAAGUAACAUCCGAAUAAAUU